GAUCGUUCAUUCGAUUUAUGUAAAUUAAAUAUUUUCAGUCGUUGGUAAAGUAUUCGUCAAGUGUUAAUAUUUUUGCGUUUUAGCAAUUAUAUUAUUAGUGAAAAUCGUAGUUCUAAUCUAAGUAUUAUUCUAUUUAAAUGUGUUGUUCAUGACGUGUUUCAAAUGUACUGUGGGAUAAUGAUAACCUACACGCUCUUUCUGUAGCUAAUAUAUAAAGUGGUAUGAUAAAUAAAUAGGCGCCGACAGCGCACUAGGAUAUUGAAGUAUUUAGAAGUGAAACAGUUGCGUAACAUUCCGCGUAAGCCAGGUAUCCGUUAGCGAGGGUUGUGAUGUGGCAUGCGAGUGUGGUAGUGGCGGUGUGGUGGCGGUGAUCAGUCCAGUGAUGGUGGUGAUGCUGAGGCAUGGUGGACGCGGCUGCGGAGCGCCGUGCCGCCGUCGCCGUGCGCUGCAAUGCUACGUCAAGCUUUACCAAUGAAACGAUGAUAUUAAGCAUUGAAGUGCAGUGGAUAAUAUAACAAUGGAUUCUAAUAUACAGUAAGUGAAAGUGAAGUCGUUGCAAACGGGAAGAUGGAGGGUGCAAUUCUAAGCACCCAGAGCAAUAAUAGAUUCCGUAGUCACCUGAAGAACGCAGUAACCACGCUAUGCGCUCGAACGCUGCCAAAGUCGAGGUGUAGCGACUCGAGCGCGGGCACAGCUAAGCAUCACACAUACCCUCGGGCCACUCCGCCGAAGAGGACCCCCAUUGCAUGUCGGAUGGAGCCACUUAUAUGCGAUUUGCCGCAGACAUCCACGUUUAUAUCACACGAACCUAUCAAGUGUGAAACAGAUCACAUGCCGAAUAAACCAAAUGGCGUCGUUAAGUUGCGGGGAGCUUUGGCCAGGGAGGUGGCGAACGCCUGGGAGUGCCGCAUCGGCCCGCCCGACCAGCCGGCGCCCGCCCACCGAGUGCAGAGCCUCUUCAACGACAUCGAACUAUAUCCAACUAAAACUCAGGCAUUCUUAUCAUUCAAUUUUAUCAACGACUCGGCCAAACCAUAUAACAGUAGCGAGGCGUCGCCGGCGCCAUGCGAAGUGUUUCUGGGCGGAUCGUGCAACCCCACUACGUGGAGAUCGGAUAUCGCAAUACCGAUGCUCAAGAAGAUGGGAAUUACAUAUUUUAACCCUCAAGUUGACGAUUGGUCGACGGAGCUGAUAGAAGUGGAGCACCGCGCGAAGGCGGAGGCGCGCGCGCUGCUGUUCGUGCUGGACAGCGAGACGCGCGCCGUCGCCGCCAGCGUGGAGGCCGCGCACCUCGCCGCCGCGCCGCGCGACCUGCUGCUCGUGCUCAGGCCCUACUCACGCCACCAGACCAUCGGCCGAGAGACCAUAUCGGACCAGGAGUACGUAGAGCUGUCGCGGGCGCGCGCGACUCUGCAGGAGGCGGUGGAGCGGCGCGGGCUGCCCGCGUUCACGGACAUCCCGGCGGCGCUGCGGUGCGCGCGCGCCGUGCUGCGCGGCGCGCGCACGCACCCGCGCCACUCGCUGGGGCACACCAUCCUGCGGCUGAAGCGCGCGUACGACGCGGCGGGCGGCCGCAGCGCGCGCCUGUCCCGCGCGCGCGCGCUCGACGCGCUGCGGGACGCCACGCGCGCCGACCGCGACCUCGCCGACCGCAGCCUGCCGCCCAACGCCGACGUCGUCGACUUCGAGACCUUCUGCGCGGCCGUCGCCGAGCUGGCGGCGGAUGCAGGGUCGCGGCGGCGCGCGGGCGCGGGCGUGGCGGCGCGCGUCCGCCGCGCGUUCCGUUACCUCCGCGACUUUAUCACGUCGCCGACCACCGCCGAAUACCAAAGGUCGAACGGUCAAGAGAAUGAAGCCGGCGGCGAGGCGGCGGCGGGCGCGCAGGAGCGCGUGUCGCCGCUCGCACAGCGCCGCGACUCGAACGGCCUGCACGCGCGCAACCCGCGCCUGCGGGCCUAUGGACAGAAGCUGUCCUUGUUUAUACCUAAGAACGGCGGUAGCGGCGGGGGUGGCAACAAGGCGGAGGCGUCGGGCGAGAGCAGCGGCGACAGCGUGUUCACGCCGGGCACGGAGCGGCGGCUCGACCGCCUGCCCGCCAUGCUGGGCGCGCCCACGCACGACGUCUACCUCGCCGGCGCCUUCCCUGCGAGCAGCAGCCGGCCGGAGGAGAUCCUGCGGCGCGAGGGGUUCACGUACGUGAUCCCGCGCGCGAACGACUACACGCGCAUGUUCUCGGCGCCGACGCGCCGCUCCGCGCCCGCGCACCCGGAGUCGCCGUGCCGCGACAAGAAGCCGCGCCCCGCCGACCCGACCUCCCCCGCCGCACCCGCCUCUCCCGCCGCUCCCGCAGCGCCCCAGUCGCCGCUCGACGACGUGGUGCUGAGGGAGAAGGAGGGCGACAGGAGCGGGGACCGAUUGAGCGCGUCCGACUUUUAUACGGUGUCUGAGGAUGUCACGCCGCAGCCGUUUAAAGGCACGUACGACGAGGACCUGGUGCUGGGCGCGCGCGUGCUGGUGUUCUCGCUGAGCGCGGCGGCGCCGAACUUCGCCACCAUGGUGCUCGCGGCGCACUACAUGGGCCUGCGCCCCGCCAACACGCUGCUCGUCGUGCAGCCCAUGCAGCCGCCGCCCACCGCGCUGCACAACUACAGCGAGGCGGCGGUGAAGGACUACAACCGCGGGCGGCACUACCUCACGGACCUGGCGCGCCGCGCCGCCGUGCCCGUGUUCGACAACGUGGACGACGCCAUGGCCUGCGUCGUGGCGCGCCUGCGAGCCAGCGCCUAGCGUCGAUGUAUGCAACUGUCUUCGCCUUAACGCUAUAAAUGAGAAGUUACUUCGUGGAAGUGUUGUAUGCCAGCCUCUAGCGCACUUAGGUACCCAACUGUCAUCGCCUUAACGCUAUAGAUAAGGGGAAGCUACUACGACGAGGCGUUGUAUGCCAGCAGCGUCUAGCACACUGAUAUACGCAACUGUCAUCGCCUUAAUGCUAUAAAUAAGGGGAAGGUACUUCGCUGAGGCGUUCUAUGCCAGCGUCUAUAGAACAGAUGUAUGCAACUGUCAUCGCCUUAACGCUAUAAAUAAGGGGAAGCUAAUACGACGUGGCGUUGUAUGCCAGCAGCGUCUAGCGCACUGAUAUACGCAACUGUCAUCGCCUUAAUGCUAUAAAUAAGGGGAAGUUACUACGCCGAAGCGUUAUACAUACCAUUUCGUCGAUAUCAUAGCUUGCGUAGUCCCACGAUUAUACUGCCAUGGAUUUGAGGCCGAUUUUACCAACAGAACCGCGAUAGUUUAAUAGCAGAAAAAAAAAAUAAUUAAAAUUAAUAAAAUUUUGUUUUUAUAUAAUACAAUAUUUUAGGCCUAACUUUAUUGGUGUAGGCCUUAUUUAUGUUCAAAAUACCAGCGUAUAUAUAAUUCGUCCUUAUGCUUAUGAUGUCUUUGUAAACCAGCUCUUAUAACUAUAAAGGUAGAUCUUUAAUUUUUAUUAAAAAGAAACAUGCUUUUAUAAUUCCAGUACUUACGUACAGUCGCUUAACGAUUUUUACGUAUUUACUAAAAUAUGAAACUAAAUUAUUGUUAUUCGUGCUUGAUAGUUGAGCUAUACAUAAGCACCGAAAUACCGCUACAAUAUCCCAUUCAUGGUAUUAUUGAAAUGAAUGUGAUAGUUAGUAUAAAAGACAUUUCACGAAUAACAGUGUGCACUGUUCAAAGGCCGAGCUAACAUUAUCGAAUAUACUAUCUAAUUGCCAUGAUACAUUCUAAUCACAAUUGCCAAUUAUUCUGAAAGAAAAAAAAUUUCUUAAGAGAAUUGCAGCAAAUGCUACAACUGUUUAUCGUUGUCACAAUUAUUUGACAGAAUUUCCAAAUUUAGGUAACUCUAAUGCGAAUAGGAGAAACCGACAAUAAACAUAUUGAAGUAUUUUUAACACUCCUCAUCACAUUGUCACACAUCAUUCGAUGUAAUAUUGUGAAUCUCAUGCACCGCAGGGCGGGCUCAGAUUCGACAUAAGUCAUCCAUGUUAAUCACAAACUAAUUAAUAAAGACAUCACAACUUGUCCAUCAUGCAACGAGCAACGUAGGUUUAUCGUCACGUGGCAAGGAGUCUCAACUCUUAUCGUAUGUACUUAUUUCUUACGUUAACUUUACUUUACAUAUAGUGUAGUACAAACAAGUCUCUCUUUAUUUCGUCACUCUCUAUUGUAUUAUAAAUAGGCACUAAUUGUGAACGAGUGUGUGAGAGCCGGAAUGGAAGUUAUGGAGACGGUCGCGUUGAGUUUGUAAUCUCUGUGAUGAAUAUGUUUUAGUGAAUUUUAAUAUUGAAAUUUCAAUGCAUAAACAUAUUAUGUUAAAUUAGUGUUUUAUUAAGUAGAAUAAUUAAGCAGCCAGAGAAUGGGUCAUAACGUUUUAGAUGAAUUCAUGACAAUACGUCAUAGCACAAUGCAAAUUUUAUGUUCAAUUCUACACCACAUUGUCAUUCGUACGCUAGGAUACCUAUUUAGUAUAACACAGACUGAUGAAAGUGCUAUUGUUAUACUUUGUAGAAUGCGUAGUAGUCUAGAUAACUCUCUCAAAUUAGAUCUUUUUAGUGUGUUGGCGUUUUAAUUUACGAUAAAAUAAUUAUUACUAAACCAGUUUGUAAUGCGUCUAAGAGUACAAAAAUGUCUUGCUCAUGUAGCACAUUUAAGAAUAUAUUGUAAUGAAUAUUUGAUUAUAUUAUGCAAAAUUAAUUGUUGUCACCUUAUACUCAUUUAAGUUUUAGAUAUUUAAAAAAACGAUAAAAUCUAAUGCUUGCAAACUUAUUUAAAAAUGAGGAAAAUCAAGCUUAGUCUUGUUCCCUUUACCUAAUAUAGGUAGGUAUAGAGUAGGUAGAUAAAAUAAGUUAUUAAACACACCUGACCCACUGUCACUAAAAUAUUAAAACUUAAUAACCGGCAAAUAUUAUUUGCUAGUCACAGUAUCCAUUUACGUGUAUAAGUACUUUGUCAUAUUGUUUUAUAGUACAAAAAUCUAAUUUAUAGAGAAAAAUAUUUCAUAUAUUAAUUUGUAAUUAUAUGCCAUGUACGCUUAUUUUAAACUAAAAACAUCACAUGU